AUGCAGAUAGAAGAUGAACAAAUCAAGCUCCGUGGAACUCGCCCUGUAAAGGGCUCGUGGCAGGAUGAUUUCGACCAGUUGGUCAAGCCUUUAUUGGAACCAUCCACCGCCUCCUACUUCCUCUACAGACUCGACUCGAAAAACGACCUGGGAUAUGAAUGGGUCCUCUUCACGUGGAUUCCUGAUGAAGCUCAUGAUGACCUCUCUCUGGCUGGGUAUCUUCGACAUUUGGCUGCAAGGAAAGCUCCUGUGCCACUCACGUAUGCCGAGGAACAAGCCAUGGAAUUUACAGCCGAUCACCAAAUCGACAUUAACCAAGAAUCUAUUUACUCAACCGUUAUUAAGGAAAACUUAAAACCUGAAGAGAUCGGUCCACUUACUCCACCCAACACCGGGUCUUAUCACCUCUACCGAUUUCUUCACGAAUUUAAUGGUGCAAAAUUUGAUCCUGUGGUCUUCGUACAUGCGAUUGCAGGUUACAGUAGCCCUAUAAAAGAACGAAUGCUUUAUUCUAGUUGCAAAAGCAAUCUUAUCGAAUGUCUUUCUCGUCAAUAUGGUAUCGCUAUCGAUCACAAGUUGGAAAUUGAAGACUUCAAAGAAUUAACCACCGCCUACUUGAUGAGCGUAGCUCAUCCGAUGAACACUGAGACGCCGAUGUCUCUUCCGAGGCCCAAGGGCCCCUCCAGCCGCGGUCCCCGUCGUCUGAUCAAGUAG